GUUAGUCGUGGUGGUGGUGGUGGUGGUGGAAGGAUCAAGACCCUUGGCGUAGCUACUGUCCGCGUACGCGUGAAAGCAACACCUGACCAGGGCGUUGGCCGCCAUGUCGCGUUUGCAUAUGAACGCGUGACACUCGAGAACCUUGAUGCCCGUGGUUCGUCGCAGAACCGCGGCGAAGAGCGGCGGAUGAUUGGCACUCGGUGUUCUAGCGAAAGGAGAGUCCAACGGGAGGAACCUCGUGUUCGAGGCGUCGCCACUUCCGCCUUUGACGUGCCUCACUGCCGCGCAGUAGUGCAGAGCCUCGAUAGGGAAGAACCUGGUGACCUUCUUGCGGUGCUCGUCCACGUUCUCCAGCAACAGGCCGUUGCUCCAGACGCUCAGCCAGGAGUCCAAUCCACGUGCUCCCAAGGCACCUUGUUCUGGAUACAGUUCUCUCAAAGGUUCUUGGACUCCGAGCAAACCCUCCUUGCUCGCGUGGGGUACCGAGCUACCUAGAUAAAGGACUCUGCAACGACAGUACGGCGUCGCUGUGUCCUGGUUGGCGCCUCUCAUUUUCGUAUUCGAUGAGGUCAGCUUGUCCAGAAUCCAAUCCUGGUCUUGCUUCGUCCGCGCAACGAAGAUUUAUUAUCCUCUUCUAUCGAGGAUAAUCUCAAAAGAGGGAUCUCGAUGGAGACGUAAUAAUACAGCCGACGAUGAGGAAGUUAGCAACCAUCCAGAACCGUCGAAUCAUCGAACACCAAUGUAACUAUUUUCGAUUCGAUCGAAUUCGAACACACACGAUCGUAAUGUGCACACGGAACAACGUUGCGGAGGACUCCACCCGGUGAUACACUCCACUCGCGAUUACGCAGUCACUUUCCAAAGACGCAGCCCGGGUUGCAAAAUACGCGUGCGUGGACGAGAGAGCCGCUCUCGGCUAUUUCGCAGCAGCUGUAGCCGCCGCUCGCGAGAGAUCGCGUCAGGCCAUUAUGGCCGCCUUCUGACGGCUUCCCCACCAGCUAGCUCUACCUUGCCGUGUCUCCUCUUCUAUCUGGCCUUCUCCUCCUUUGGGUCCGUUCGUUUUUCUUUCCUCCGACACACUGCGGCCCGAGUCUUACCAACCUUUUUCAAUUCCCCUCCCACCUUGAUUCUUCUUCUCCCUCCUUUCUCUCUACCAGUCGUGCAGGCCAGGUCCUCCUGUGGUAUGCGGUGUGCACCAGUGGCGUCUACGUCCUCCUGGUCGCCCCUCACCACCACGUGUACCGAUCCACCGACAGGUUACACACUCUCUUCGCCGAGGGAAUGCUCACCGGCGAUCGAACGGGCCCGCUGAGUGUGUCGCCGCCGUUGGAAUCCAGAGGCGCGGCCGACAGGCCUCGUCAGCCACGCAGGCCGUCGCUUUUGACGUCCCUCUAUGUCUCAUCGGCACCUCGGAAGCACCUCGGAAUAAACGCUCCAAUAUACGCGUGCCUGUGUUCCGGUUACGUUCACACGAUAUUUUUAACCGAACUUUCGACGAUUAUUUCGAUCCUCUUCGCUACUACUGCUCGGUCCUCCACGUAGAUGGCGUUGCAGUCACGUUCACUCGGCGACUGAUUCCCACUUUGAUGGAUUUCCUUCCUUGUUUAUGGCUCGCGAACAGUCGUACCGGUAUAUUAAAAACAAUAGAAGAAUGGCGAUGGUCGGUGUUCCACGGCGAAGUUUUUGGCGAGGAGACAGGCACGAAGAAAAGAGCAGCGAGUGGAUUACACCCUGACGUUUUGAAGGUUCCUGAAAUCGACGAUCGAGUGGGUCAGUGGGUCGUUGUCACGUUAAUUAUGAGGAAUCCAGAGGCUGUAUGCACCUCGAGCAAUCACCUCCUUGUACAGGAAUUCUCUUCUCUCUUUCUCUCUCUCCUUUAUCUCUCCUCCUCGCCAUUUUCAACAACGUCAGCAUGGAAAUGAAACGCUUUGUUGAACGUUUCUCUCGCGUAAAUUGCAAUUUUUAAAAUCAAUCAUCGCCUGAAAAUCAAUCAAACAUCUUUUCUAUUAAAAUUUAAGUACGAUGACGUGUGCACAGCCUAAUAACAGAACACAACGAAAUCUUAUCAGGUUUUAAUUUUUAAUUUUCGCAAUUACAUUCAAACGAGUGUGUCCAUUUCGAGAAAAUUAAAUUUCCAUUCAAUGAGACUCAAAACACGAUAGUAACGGUAUCAAAUUAAUUGUAUAUUUUACGCGCUACAUGUGUGAAACUAUGAACCAACUUUCCCUAAUAAGAGGAAUAAAUAUUCUAAUAUUUAUCCGAGGAGAAUAAAUUACGAUCGUUUUAGCGCAAUUGCUUUCGUUAUAGCAUCCUGAUGUCAUUCAUAAAAAUUGUUCGUGGUAUUCGUUUAACACACACUUCGCUGAACAGAAUAUUUAUUGGCAAAUUAAAGGUAGAAUGCCUGAAUAAUUGCGAAUAAUGGUAGCCGGAUAACCAGAAUCGUGACAAACGAUUUUACCAGAGAGUUACAAAGAAAUCCCACUUAUACUUCCGGUAAAGGAGCAAUACCGGUCUUGGGAUAGCCGGGGAAAGCUUUUAAGAUAUGUACUUGGCAAUCUUCUUUCUCUUUGUCCGGGUUAACGACGUUAGUGUUAGGUCACUACUUACUCGUUUCCUUUUUCCUUCAAAACCCACCGUGCGACGUUUUGUAUUUUUCAUUGCACGCUUGCAAAUUAGAUAGAUCACCUUUGUAAACAUUUUUAAACUACUUCGCGUAAGUAUAGUACUGCCCACAUUUGGUAGUAUUUGGACACAUUCAAAUUGUUACGAAUACAUAAAAUACAAUUUAAAAAUGAAAUUUUAUGUUCUAAGUUUGAUCUCUAGGUUUAUUCUAAUUUAAUAGAUAUCGACAAACAGAUAAUAGAAUCGAUUGAAAAAAAAAAAACCACCAGAAGAAGGUAUGAUGAGUCUGCUUUCGUUAGCGUCUAAAUGCUUACGAUAGCGUAACUGUAAUGUAUAAUAGAGAGAAAGAAGAAUUACGACAUUACGAAUGAUAUUGCAAUCUUUUCGAGGAACGCUGACACGUUUUUCAAAUCACCGUUGAGAUCGGCUCGAGCCUUCGACAAAAAGCCCUCCCGUGACUAGGAGGAAUAUCGGUCAACAUAUUCUAAACGCCGUGACGCGUCGGUGCAUAACAGAGUCUUAAGCUUCCGGUAUAAAACGGUUAUACACCGUUUCGAAUUUCGCCAAGAACGUUUUUUAAAAAGAUCCACGACUUUCUCCUUCGUUUAAUUGCUGGUGAGAAUGAUCGCGAUCAAUGAUCUUUACACGAUCCAACAAUCUGAUAGAUAAAAAUUUAACAGUUUCUGACAGAUAAAAAAUUAACAUUUUUUUUUCUUUUUUAGCAGAGCCCCGUGA